AUGGCUUCUCCUUCUUCAUGUGGUCCACACCAAAAUUUGGUCUCUUUAGUUUGCUUUGUUACGCUAGGGAAAGACAAAGUGAUGAAUGUUGAAGAUCCCGAGAUUGUGAAAAAAAAUAAAAAUUGGAUCCGAUUUGAAAAGGGAGGCGUUCAGGAAUUUGAUCCGUUCAACUGA